AUGGCGGCCAAGUCCAAAGCAAGAGUUGUCGUCGCCCGUCUCCUGUCCACCGCCGGCACCGGGUACAUGUACACGACCCGGAGGACAAGGGUGGCCGAUAAGCUCAGCAUGAUGAAGUUCGACCCAAAGAUCAGACAACACGUCCUGUUCAAGGAGACCAAGGGAUCGAAGUGA